AAGUUGUAUUACUUAACAAACAAUUAUUGAGAAAACUUUCUAUUCUAACAAAAUAAAAAUAACAAUGAAUUCAAUUGCGAUCAGUUGUGGUCUAUUGGCUGUUGUGGUGAUGUCUUGUAUAGACAUGUCUUCAGGCGAGUGCUGUUACGUGCCGUUGAAGUGUGAGGAGAGCUCCAGAAGCGUUGAGCGCUGUUAUGACUGUUCGGAAGCCUCGUAUUACUGUGGGAUCGGGAAGUGUAAUGUGUUUGGCUGUGACUGUGACGGCGGCUGCAGGAAAGGCGACUCCAGUCUCUGGUGUUGGAACAUAGCCUCCGGGUGUAAGGGAAAGCUAUUCCGCGAGGAAGUCCUGUCC